CCUAAAUUUUGAUUUAGGGUUUAUCAAGGAUCAGAAUGGCGAGGAGAGCUCUGGCGAUGGCCGCUGGCGCCUUGAGCAAGCCCCAGCUGGAUGGAGUGGAAAGGAUUAUCGCUGUGGCUUCAGGGAAAGGAGGAGUCGGGAAAUCCACCACGGCAGUGAACUUGGCGGUAGCGCUCGCUUUGAAAUGUAAGCUCCGGGUGGGGCUUUUGGACGCUGAUGUCUACGGGCCUUCGAUUCCACUGCUCAUGAAUCUCAGUGGACAGCCUAAGAUCGAUAGCGCGAACAAGAUGAUCCCGCUGGAGAACUAUGGUGUGAAGUGCAUGUCGAUGGGAUUUCUGAUGGAGAAAGAUGCGCCAGUGGUUUGGAGAGGGCCGAUGGUCAUGAGCGCGCUGGAGAAGCUGACGAGAGGUGUCUCGUGGGGAAAACUGGAUAUCAUGGUCGUGGACAUGCCGCCAGGCACUGGUGAUGCGCAGAUAUCAGUUUCACAGCGUCUGAAACUGGCAGGUGCUGUGAUUGUGUCGACGCCUCAAGAUAUUGCUCUGUUGGAUGCAAGACGAGGAACAAACAUGUUCCAGAAGGUUCACGUUCCGAUUCUGGGAUUAAUUGAGAACAUGAGCUACUUUAUUUGCCCCGGCUGCGGCCAAAGCUCACACAUUUUCGGGCACGGAGGAUGUGAGACAACCGCUAAAGAAAUGCAAAUCGACUUCCUUGGCAAGGUUCCACUUGAUGUUCAUAUCCGAGAGACUUCAGAUGAAGGAAAGCCUAUCGUUGCUUCAAGUGCUAACAGCGAUGUCGCUGCAGUGUACAACAGCAUUGCUACAAGAAUAGUUGAUAAAAUGAGAGAACUCGCGUCAGCGGGUGCAUACGUGACACCCAACAUCUCUGUUGGUUAAAUCUUUAAAUGCAGAGCUCUUUCAUUGUUUUG